AUGGCAUUCUCGCAUCCCUAUUUCCUGAGUCGUUGGGAUGCCCUGCGGAGCUGCUAUUUCCCCAGGCGGUUGUUUGAUCAGGACUUUGGGCUCCCUCCUCUCUCCGAAGAGCCACUGAAGGACUGGAUGCAGUGGGUAGAGAAUCGGCUCAGUUUGAGCUCCUCUGACAGCACCACACCCAGCCCCUGCCCAUCACCCUUGCAGAGGCCUCUGGCUGGGGGAAUGUCUCUGAUCCAGCAGACCUCGGGCAACUGGAAAAUCAGCCUUGAUGUGAAGCAUUUCACCCCUGAGGAGCUCCAGGUGAAGAUCCAGGAGGGUUACUUAGAGAUUUCAGGAAACCACAAGGAGAAACAAGAUCAACAUGGGUUUAUUUCAAGAAGUUUUACCAGAAAGUACAUGCUUCCUUCUGAAGUGGACACCCUGUCUGUGACCUCAUCUUUGACUUCGGAUGGGAUCCUAAUUGUGGAAGCUCCACUGCCCAAUCCUGCCGUCCAGGUUCCUGUGGAAGUAACAGCUCCUGUUAAAACAGAGGACAAGUCUGCAGCUGAGGGGGAAGUGGAGACGGAGAAGGUGAUAGAGGAGGAGGCAGACCAAGGGAAGGAGCUGGAGGAAGGCACCGAGGAACAGGGCAAGGAUACAGCGCAAGAGGUGGAGCCAGAUAAAGAGGAGGCAGAGCAAGAGAAAGUGGUACUGCAAGAAUAAGACCAGGAAGUGACUCAAAUGAAAUCAGAAAUUGUGGAGAAAAGACAGCAGGCAAACUUGU